UCACUUGAAGUCUUCUCUCAUCCACACCCAUUUUCGAACACGGAACAACUUUGGUAGGUAGGGUUUUAGCUAAACAUUUUGUUUAUUUCCAAAUUACUGAAUUAAAUACUUUGUACUGUUCGACAUUCUCAGUAAUUAACAUGUAUGUUUCGUUUUGUAGGUCGAUCAGGUUAGAGUGGUUUAUCGGUAAGUAGCAGAAUAUUCAUAUUUAAAGACGUUUUAAAGACGACCUCUUCAGCUUAUGUUUAACUCUGUAGGGGCUUUGUUACGAACGGCCCCCGCUAAAAUGGAUAGCAGCUCAAUGAUCUGCAAUAGACGCUCAGACUGCAAUUGCAAUCAAUAAAACUCCGACUAUUAAGAAUUCUCGCAGCGUAGAUCCCUUAAUUGGGUUAAAAUGAGCUCAUGUAAUCGUACAAACAGAAUAAGAAAUUGCGUCUACAAAGAAGGCGCCAAAGCGCUUGAAUUACCCACUUUGGCGUUCAAUCAAAUUCUGAAAAUUAGUCGGCAAAUUGGCAGCUUAAAUCAUUCUUCAUUACACCUUUCUUGAAGACCUUAAGGUCUUAAAAUUUAGGCCGAGGCUCGUUUUACACGUAGCUCUGGUAACAUGAUUGCAGGUAAGUACUACAAGAAUCAAAAUUGAUCUCCCAUCCUAUUAGUUGACGCAUUACUUCGCGCGAGCGUGCACUUCCCUCAUUAAAUCUGACUUCAGAAAAAGAGAGACUGCUCGAAGUCUAUUCCUACUUGAAAAUGUUAGAGAAACAAAUUAACCGUUAUUUUUUUCCGUUUUAACAGAUCCAUCCGUGAACGGACAGUUUCAAGUGAAUUAUUCUCCUGAGUGGCUGUAAAAUCAUCAUGAAGUUUUCCUUCGCUUGCCUUUUUCUUCUGAUAGCUGCUCAUGGUGCAUGACAGGGAAAAUCGGUAAUACCUCAGCCUUUGCUUCUUGGGGUUAAAUUAAUUAUUACAUGUUCAUGCAGGGAAGUGAAAAAUGAUUUGCAUGGACAUAUUGAACAUUCUUCUAUGUUUGGCGCCUUCCUAAGCCUGAUAUGUGACCUGUACAUGCGUAUUCGAUCUAUUUUAAUAUAAUUGGAAUAAAAUAAUUUUUAUUUAUCUUUAUCAAUAUUUAUUUCAUGCCAUCUAUUUGUAUUUUUUAAGGCUAAAACUUUUGACGCCGAUGUCAAACAAAAAAUGAAUCAAGCACAGGUUUCUGAACCUAAGGUAGGACAUUUUGUAUUAGCUAAUUAUCAAAGAUACAUGAUAUCAGAGCACCGGCCAACAAGUGAAGUAAGAAUUAAUGAAUCAUGAGGUAGAUGGUUAGCUGAGAUAAGAGUGUUGUGUCUCCUUCAAAACUUAAAUUCUCAUGCGGCAAAAAGACAUAAAAAAGAAAGGGCUAUUUAACUAUAAGAAAAUAAUAAUAAUAAAAGUUAUACGAUACUAUAACAAGAUCACAUCUUAUUUUAAAAUAUUCACGAAAAAAAAAGCGGGACUGUACCAAGGAAACAAGGUCUGAUAAUUGAGGUUCGACAGACUGUAAAAGAAAAUGAAAUGAUAUGAAAUGGCAUGAAAUAAAAUAAGAUGAAAAGUUGGGAGAUGGAUGGCCUAAUACACCUGAACUUCGGUAAAUAAUUGUUGGCUAUUGCUAGUUCUUCUAAUUUUAUUUAUUGUCUUUAUUACCAUUAUAAUUUUAAUUAUUAAGGCUAAAACGUUUGACGUUGAUGUUAAACAACAAAUGGAUCCGGCACAGGUCUCAAGCAAUAAGGUAAGAUAUAUUAUUUAUUGACUAAUUUUAGCCAAAAAAAAAAAGACUUAAAGAGAACGAACAGAUGAAGUGAAAAUUCAUGCAGCCCCAGUUCGAGUAGAUGGAUACUUAGCUGAAAUAGGAGGGCCGCGCACCUCAUUUUCUGCAGUAGGCGACUUACCUUCUGAGGCAGUAAACCGAAAAGAAAUAAAUAAAGAAAUAUCAAUUAAAUAGAAAAAGGGAGAUACCUGGGCUAAGGGAUCGUGAAACAGAAAUAAUCAGUUAUACAUCUAGCCGAUUUUUUGAAAACCAACCGAACGAACUUGUUGCAGUCAAAGGCGUCCAAAGGCAUGUUUCUUAAGCCCGAGAAGCUCCAAAAUCACAGUAACGAAGAAAAAGGAAAGGAGAAAAAGCAGGAGCGAGGAGAAGGAAAGGAAGAGAACGAAAAAAAAAAGCAAUAGUUGCACUCUUAGUUUUUAUAAUAGCUACUUUGGAGUUAGGUUUUGGCCAAAAAACACUGUCAGACGUAAAAGGUCCACUUGGCGAUAACGUUUUCAAAAAUCCGGCUAACAUAUAAGGCAAACAAGAGAGAAUGAGCCAGAACCAAGAAUAGAUCUCAAAGGUGAUGUAUAGCAGCCGCCCACCAUCAGUCGCUAUCUUAGCUCAUCCUCUCCGUUGGCAAACUCUGCCGGGGGAUCGAUCGUGUUUGACAGAGGGCAGGUUGGCACACAAUAAUGAAGUCGAUGCAAAAAAUGACUGAUAAGCCAAAAUAAAUAUAUUCUCGGACACCAGGUACAUUAGAUUACAAUUGCUGUAGCUCUAGUCCCAGUAUACAGUGGAACCCCGCCUUAAGACCACCCCGUUUAUAAGACCACCUCGUUAUUACGGCCAUGUUCUUUCAAACCAAACGUAAAAACCAUUGAGUCAUUUUAUUAUUUUGAGGACCCCGUUAAUGGGACCACCUCGUUAUUACGACCAGGAUUUUAUGGCCCAACGGUGGUCGCAUAACGGGGUUCCACUGUAGUUACAGGCAUUAUUUGUUUCUGCCAUUUAAAGGAGAAACCAUGCCAAGAAAAUGCCAGCAACUUGAAACCGAGAUCUUGCGUAGACCAUCUAAAGAAUGGCGCAGACAAGUGCGGUUAGAUUUACGAUGCUGCAGGGAAUGGAUUCACUGUGUACUGUGACAUGGAAACAGAACCUGGUGCGGCCUGGACACUUAUCGUGUCUUGGAGUCUGAAAAACAACCAUUUCGCGAAUUUUAGGUACUGUUACCAAUGGAUUAAAACCCUUUGUCGUCCGCCAGAAAAAAUUUCGCCGUUUCUGAUGGCUCUAAUCCCCUGGCUAGUGUUACUUGGAAGACGUUUCAUUGAUGCUCAAAACAUAACACUCGAUGACGAUCGUUUCGUUUUCGACAAAAAGGGAUGCACAGACCUCAUGCAAAGAAUUGGGGUGGUGAGUCAGCUAUUUUGGCAGUGCAGAGCUAGAGAAAAUAACGGAAACCUUUUUAAAAAAUCGCCUUGUGCGAGGAAAAAAUAGCCUAACUACUGCCUCAAAAACGUAGUAAGAAGAGACAAAAAUCAACCCACGGAUGACAAAACUAUGAUUUGUUUAAUUCUCUUCGCCUUGUAAAUUUUGUGCAUUCCCUAAUUUGAUAGCCUGAUACACAGCCGUUUUAGUGUCGUUGACGCAACGCUCCGACGAAACUAAAAACGGCUGUGUAGAAGACUACUAAUUUGACUAAUUAUUUUGUUAACACCCAAAUUUGGCUGUUUCUUGGUGUUGAGGAAACUAUUGUUGGUUAUCUAUUGCGUUGUGGGUAUUAUUCAUUGUCUUUACAAUCUUCUGUAUUACGUCAUUUGGUGACUGCACCAAGUAAUACCCUGUAAUACCCCAAAAUUUGGAUAUGAGAUGUAACUUUGCUUGAAUUUGUUCUCAUUGCCGACAGGAUAACACCCUUGUCAAUCAACAACCCCGUGAAUGAAAACUCGCCUAACUGGUUCCUCUACCGGCUAACAAAGGACAGAAUGAAGUCACUAAGGGACGUAUCCACCCACUGGCGAGCCACCUGCAGUUAUGACAAGUACGGUAUCAAUAACUACAAAGAUUACAUCCGUGGAAAGUUUGCAGAAGCCGACAUCUUUGCCUUUCUUGGUGAUGGUGUUUGCUUUAAGACCGAGCUUGUCAACAUUCGUGGUCAUAUUGGAAUUCACAAGACUGCCAGGUUCUGGCAGGUUGCUGCUUCUUACACUCUUCAUAUCGACAGUUCUUUAAAGGGUUGCCAGUUUGAUCCCACCGUUGGGGCAGCAAGCAGUGAGGACAACUUUGGUUAUUACGGCACUACAAACCCCAAGUUUACUUGUACAAUGAAUAGCGACUCUACCACGCAGUGGUGGUUCGGUAGCUAUCAGUAGUACGCAGACCAUCCAGCAUAAAAACUCUACAUCGUCCCUCUUCGUGUAAUAAUCUUUGAGUGGAUAGUUUUAACGUUGUUAAAGCCAGUGUGUUACUGGUAUAAAAAGUAUCUAAAUAUUAGAAGAAAUUAGAUCUACAAUUAUAACUAGUUUCCACUGAUUAUAUCACUUAUGUCUCA